AUGGGAAGGCGCCGCCGGUUCGCUCUGCAGUACACCAGCGACGACGACGACGACAAUGCUGCACCCGAGGCGCCCAAAACCACAGUCCCCGACUCCUCGCGCCACAAGAAGCAGCAGCGCCGCUACCGCGACGACGAUGACGACGAGGCGGACCUGGAGCUCGCGGAGGAGGAAGAGCAAGAGAUGAAGAGCAACGAGGAGGAGGAGACGCAGGCCCGCAAGCCCGCGCGCCCUGCUGAGAACAGCGACGGGGAGCUGGGCCACAAGGCGAAAGCGGAUGAGGAGGGGGACGACGGAAAUGGUUCGGAUGCGGUGCCCUUGGGCAACCCCGUGGAGGUUCCUGGCGAGGGGAAGCACUACUCUUCCUUCGAAUACGAGGGCAACAUCUACAAGCUCGAGGAUUCGGCGAUGUUCUCGCCUGAUCUGGAGAACGACAAGCCCUAUGUCGGCAUCAUCAAGGGUAUAAUUGAAGUUGAUGGGAGCUUAUCCGUAAGUGCUCAGUGGUUUUAUAGACCAGAAGAAGCCGAGAAAGAGGGUGGUGACCCAAGGGAGUUAUUUUAUAGUUUUCAUAUUGAUGAAGUGCCAGCAGAGUCAGUUAUGCACAUGUGUGUGGUCCAUUUCAUUCCUGAGCACAAGCAGGUGCCAAGUAAAAAGGAACACCCUGGAUUCAUUGUCCAACAGGUGUAUGACCACAGAGAGGAGAAGAUGUAUAAAAUAACGGAUAAGGACUAUGAGGAUGACAAGCAGCAUCAGAUUGAUCUCCUUAUUAUGAAAACAAUAGACCGUAUUGGGAGGCUUCCAGAUCGUGAUCCUGAAGAUAUACCUGGUGACAACACUGAUAAAUUAUCAAGACGAGGCUUGCGGAAGAGACCUCUGAAGCCUAAAGAUGUUCCAAGAGAUGCUUCUACAGGCAUAUCUGAGCAAUUCAGAAGAGAAGAUACACCCGUGAAUGAUAAUCUGAAGUAUUUUGCCAUCCUUGUCAGACAUGAAGUGAUUACUGGUAACCAGUAUCGUGAUUGGUGGCUUGAUAAAUUUGUAGACACUAUUCUGGCACUCCCUCAUUCAAGAAAUGAUAAUGAAAAUUCUUAUGCACCUAAUGAGGUUGUUCCAAUAGUAGCCUCCUUAGAAAGAUCAACGUUUGAAGCUCUUCAUGCAGACUACCAUAAGUAUAACCAGAAAAUGAGAACAUUAUUGUUCAACAUCAAGAAAAGCUCUGUACUGUGCAAGCGACUAAUGGACAAGGCGCUUGAUCCUCCGGUUCUGUUAACGAUGACCCCUGACGAACUAAAGGCUGGGUUGACACCAGCAGAGAUAGCGUCUGAAUCAGAAGAAUCAAGGCAGCUGCAGAUGACUGAGGCCCGGUGUAGAAGAUGCACAGAAAAGAAAGUAGGCAUACUUGAUAUCAUUCAUGCCAGCCGUGGAGAUCGCUAUCAGGAAUUAGAGACUUCCCUAAAGCUCAAUUGUUGCAAAGGAUAUUUCAAAGGGUAUUGCUCACAAAGGUCGAAUGUAUUUCCUGCGGAUACACAUCAUUUGCGUCCAGAGAUGACAUCUUAA